CUCUCUUGAUAUAAAUCUCUUUUUCUCUCUCUCUCUCUUCCCAGUCUUGGAUGGUUUCGCCGAGGGGCCGGAACCGUUUUCUUAUAUAUUCUUUCUUAUUAUAGAGCGAGAGAGAACAAAAGUCGUUGCAGCAGUGUGGCUAAGUCUGCACGUAUUGAAGUCUCUAGCUCGGUUAUUAUUAUCUUUUUGCUUUUGCUGCAAAUUUUUGUCUGAUCUGAUCUUUUGCAGCUUUUAAGCUAUGGCGUUUUUCUCCCCAUUCUUCUUCUUCUCCGUCUUGUUUCAGACGGUUGGGAUAUGGUUUUGAGACGAGGGUUAAAGUAGGUUUUAAUAAGUUUUGGUUUGUGGGUAUAGUUUUUGUUAGUUAGGGGUUUUGAUGGGUUCUGAGAGGGCUCUUUUUGAGCUGCACAGCGAUCAUCAUCAUAAUCACCACCAUCUCCAUCACCAUCACCAGGAUAAUAAUAGUGGAGAUAAGGUGUUUGUUGGAGUGCCUCUAAUGGAUUCUGGGAAAAGCGGCGGUCAUCAGCAGCAGCAACACAGUAGUAGUGUUGAGUGCACCAAUCAAAUUUCAUUUGCUCAGCCGGCGGCGGUGGUGGGGCCGCCGCAGCUUCAUUUCCAGCUUCAGGAUCACCACCACCACCAGCCGCCGGCGCAGAGCAAUCAGAUUUCUUUCGGAAUGCUUCACUCGCCGCCUUCUUCUUCCUCAGCCAUUCCUCCUCCCCAUCCUGGGAAUUUCAUAAGCAAGGACAACAGUGGAGCAUAUGAUCUGGGGGAGUUAGAUCAAGCCCUUUUCCUCUACCUUGAUGGCCAUCAAGAAUCCUCAUCCAUCCAAGAUCACAGACAGAAUUCUGGGAUGAGGCCACCAACUCUGAACAUCUUUCCUUCACAGCCCAUGCAUGUCGGGAUCGACCCAUCAUCGACCAAGGGGAAUGCUGGGUUAGUUUCGCUGGAGACCGGGAGUUCUAGGAGAGCAUCUCAGCCGUCCAUGGAGGUAUCGGCCACCCCUAAAAACGACGUCGUUGCCGGCGCUUCUGCGUCUUCUACUCCCGAACCACCCAAGCCACCUAAGCGGGAAGGACACCGCCGGAGUUCCUCUGCCGGCACCGGCGACCCGGCCGACGGUCCAAAAACACCAGAUCCUAAGACACUCAGAAGGCUUGCUCAGAAUAGAGAGGCUGCAAGGAAAAGCAGACUUAGGAAAAAGGCUUAUGUUCAACAACUAGAGACAAGUAGAAUCAAGCUCACUCAAUUAGAACAAGAAAUCCAAAGGGCCAGGGCUCAGGGAAUUUAUUUUGGUGGGAAUGCCAUUAUGGGUGGAGAGCAAGGCCUUCCAGUGAUGGGCAACAUAAGUUCAGAUGCGGCGGUUUUCGACAUGGAGUACGCGCGGUGGCAGGAGGAGCACCACCGGCUGCUGUGCGAGCUGCGGAGCGCGGUGCAGGAGCACUUGCCGGAGAACGAGCUGAGGAUGUACGUCGACAACUGUCUGGCGCAUUUCGACCAGAUGAUCCACCUGAAGAGCAUCAUCGCCAAGUCCGACGUCUUCCAUCUCGUCUCCGGCAUGUGGAAGACUCCGGCGGAGCGCUGCUUCAUGUGGAUCGGCGGUUUCCGCCCCUCCGAGCUUCUCAAGGUGAUUGUGAGUCAGAUCGAGCCGUUAACGGAGCAGCAAUUGAUAGGCCUAUGUGGGCUGCAACAAUCCACACAUGAAGCCGAAGAGGCAUUAUCACAAGGCUUGGGAGCUUUGAAUCAGUCACUUUCCGACACCAUCGCCGCCGAUUCACUCAGCUACCCUUCCAACAUGGGCAACUACAUGGGCCAAAUGGCUGCCGCCAUUAGCAAGCUCUCCACUCUCGAGGGUUUCGUUCGACAGGCUGACAAUCUGCGACACCAGACGAUCCAUCGGCUUCAUCAGAUUUUGACGACCCGUCAGGCGGCGCGGUGUUUACUCGCCAUUGCCGAGUACUUCCACCGCCUCAGAGCUCUCAGUGCUCUCUGGUUGGCUCGCCCCAAGCAGGAAUAAGGACAAAACUCUAGUUUAUUACUGUGUAUACAUCUGCUGAUAUGAUCUUCACCUCCCAAAAUUACUUGUCUUUUUUUGGGGUUUUAGCCUUUGCAGUCCCCCCUUUCGAUCUUCACAGAUGUUUAGAUUGACAAAAAAACUAGUUAGAUUAAAAUGAUAAAUGUAGAAGUUGAGUUAAAUUC